CUGCUUGGACGAGAAGUACAAAAAGCUGCAGGGGGAAAAUGGCGUCUUCUUCUACUUGGGCACAGGACGUGAUCACGUGUGAUCUUUGUGACAACCCCACCCAGCAAUUCUGUAACAGCUGCCAGGUCAGUUUGUGUGGAGGCUGUAUAAAUAAACAUGUAGAAAGUCUGAAGUCUGAAACACAUGACAUUGUUCCUUUUAAAGACAGAAGAGAACGGCUCGUAUUCUCCUCAUGUGCUUCUCAUCCAAACCAGAAAUAUGAAGGACAUUGCCAACAGUGUGGUGUCCCCGUCUGCUUCAGAUGUCUAACAGGUCCCCACAGGGGUCAUGCUGUCAUAGAUAUGUCAGAGGUGGUACAACAGAUGAAAGAAGAAAUCAAAAAAGAAACAGAAGAAAUAGAGAAUUUUAUUUCAAGAUUCACUCUAAGUGGAGCAGACAUUGAUCAGAAGAUAUCUAAUAUGAUUGAAAAAUUUAAAACAAUGGAGAGAGAGGGAGAAAAUCUGAGAAAAACCUGGCAUAAAGAAGUAGACAACAUAUUUGACACACUACAAUCAACCAUUAGUAAAAUGAAGGAGAGAAGACUCACAGCUCUCAGAUCCCAUCAGUCCAGGCUUCAGGAUUCAGGGUCAAAAUUAGAAUUCAUAAUAAACGAAAACAAUAAAAUCCUGAAGUCCAAUAAAGUGUCUGAUGUUACAAGCCACAAAUCAGAAUUAAAGGAUUUCAGAGACAUUCCAACAGAUGUUGAUGUGAAGAUUCCUUCCCUAAAUAGCAACACAGUCCAGGGGAGAGAACUCAGCAUAGAAUUAGGAGAAUACAAGGCUACUAUUACACAGACAUCACUAUCCAGUCUGACAGAUGAAGUCUCCAUUUUAUCUGUGAGAAAAUUAUUGGAGAAUGCUAAAGUUAUUGCUACCAUUCGUACUGGAUUAAAGCCUUUAGGUCCCAUUAUCUGUAUUGAAGGCGAUGAAGCUUGGGCUUGUGGUCAAGACAAGUUCAUAAGACGUAUUGACAUACGUGGAUCUAUGAAGGAGAAGAUCAUCACCAAAUGUGAACCUUAUCCAGGUGAUAUUUCAGUGACCAGUCAGGGAGAACUGAUAAACAGUUUUAUGAAAAGUAAAACAGUGAACAUCAUCAGACAGGGGAGGAUAGAGACACUGAUUACUCUACCUCUGGGAUGGCAUCCAAUGGGACUGUGUUGUACUAGAUCAGGAGACGUACUAGUUUCUUUGCGUACUGCUGAUGGAAGUCGUUAUAAAAUAGUCCGCUAUCAGGGACAAACAGCAACACAAGAAAUAGAUAAAGAUGACCGUGGACAAAAUAUAUUUAAAGGUGGGAAUGGUGGAGUUCUUAUGAAGGAGAGUAAUAAUGGGGACAUUUGUGCUGCUGAUUUGAAUGCCAAUAUAGUGAUAGUGAUGGACAAGACAGGAAGAGUCCGAUUCCGUUAUGAUGGUACACCAGCCAGGAGGAAUAAUCCAUUCCGACCUGUGUACAUUAGUACAGACUCACUUAAUCAGAUCAUAAUAACUGAUCUUAAUAAUGACUGUCUUCAUAUCUUAGAUCAGAAUGGACAGUUUCUAAAAUGUAUAGACAAUUGUGGACUUCAGAGUCCUGCUGGACUGAGUGUGGACAGUAAGGGGAGGUUGUGGGUAGGGUGUUUUCAUUCAGGUGAUGUAAAAGUGAUCCAGUACAUGGAGUAAAAUAAAUAUCUAAUAUAUACAUAAAAGUCAACUAUGAAUUUUUUUCAUUAAAAUGAGAAAUGGGUAUUUUAGUAGAAUAUGAUACGAAGUGUGUGACAAUAUAUAUACAAUUUUGAAUGUACAAACUGUUUAUAACAAAAUAUGAAUGUGUAAAAUGGUUUUAUUUAAAAACUUUUGAAAAU